AGGAAAACGGGAGGGGUUGAAAUAGGAGAGGGAUCUGUGCGGCCGACCCAAAGAAAGUCCUUAGGCGUGGUUCUCAAUUCUUUCCUUGUGUAGUCACAAGGGGCCCUCGGAUCUUGAUCAGGGCAGGCUGGAGCAGCGUCUGCAUGCAGAGCGGAGUAGACUACAAGGACGGCGUAGCACAGAGAGCCAUCGUUUCGCACCCCGGCUGCGAGUACGGGGCCAAUCCAAGGGGCAAAGACCACUCUGACCCGACAGCCAACGCCGCACAUAGCGCCUCAGACAUGGAGACUCCCAGGGCACGCGGCCAGGAGGAUGAGGAAGGUGGAAGUCCGCCGCCCACUGAGAAGCAGGACACCUCAAACGCAGAUGACGCGCCGAAGGAUGCUGAUGCCACAGGUACAUCCGGGGACAGUGAAGACCAGCUCCCGGACGACGUCCUGUGUGACUCCUGCAUCGACGACCCCAGCAAGGCCUUAAAAUCCUGCCUGACCUGCCUAGUGUCUUACUGCCAAGUCCAUCUCAGACCCCACCUGGAGAAGGCCAAAUUUCAGAACCAUCGGCUGGUGGAGCCCCUCCAUGACAUCGAGUGUCACAGCUGCGAGGUCCACCGGCUUCCCCUGGAGCUCUUCUGUAUGACGGACAGAUUGUGCGUCUGCCGGGACUGCGGGAGCCAAGAGCACGAGGGGCACGCCACCGCGUCUCUCGGGGAGGCACGCAAACAGAUCCAGUGUGUGGUUUGGUAUCUGGCACACAUGCUUAAGUUUAGCUGCAUGCAGGCGGAGCUGCAGAAGAAGCAGGAGGGGAUCACUCACGGCAUCUCCGCAGCCGGGACGGCGAUCGACAAGCUACAGAGCAACGUUUCACUGGUUAAGAGCGCUGUGGAGAGUGUUUGUGUUGUGAUGGAGCAGCAGUUCGCCAGGCUGCAGAAAACUGUGGAGGAGGCCAGAGGCGGGGCGGCCGAGCUGCUGGAGGCCGAGCAAAAACAGGCUCUCAGACAGGCGGAGGGCAUCCAGGCACAUCUGGAGCAGAGGCAGGCAGAGAUGAAAAAAACAUUGUCUCGAAUCGACAAACUGUCAAGGAACAAGGCUGAUGUGGAUUUCCUGCAGGAGUACUCACGGUGGACGAAGGGAGAGGUCGACUUGUCUCUGCCUGCUGUGUACAUCCGGCUCUCGGACCAGCUAGCCUCGUUCAGCCGCGUGGUGACCGAAACAACUCAGGAGCUGUGCAGCCAGGUCCUCUCCUGCUACCAGGAGAAACUGAGCGAGCUCUGCAAAAGCGGUAUGAACUCUAUGGUCCAAGUCCAGACACCAGAAUCCCAGCUCUCAUCUCUGUCUGACCCUGAGACUCGAAAGGAAUGCCUGAAAUACGCGAGGAGUUUGACCUUUGACCCGGACACCACCCAUCAUUUCCUGAGACUGACAGAGGACAACCGAAAGCUGACCAACACCAGUCCCUGGCAGCACAGCUACCCAGACAACCCCUGGCGCUUUCAGUACUGGCGCCAGGCAGUGACAUCAGAGAGCCUUUACCUGGGGAGGCAUUACAUCGAAGCCGAGCUGAGCGGAGAAGGCGCCCACGUAGGAGUCACCUACAAGAGCAUCGAUCGUAAGGGAGAGCAAAGCAGCAGCUGCAUCACCGGGAACGACUUCUCCUGGUGUCUGGGGAGGAACAUGCGAGGGCUGUCGGUGUGGCACGCCGAUGUCGAGACGCCCUUGGAAGCGGCUGAUAUCACAAGGGUUGGGUUAUACAUUGACUUUUACAGAGGCUCAAUCGCCUUUUAUGAUGUGACCGGUCCCAUGACGCUGCUCCACAAGUUCAAGGCGGAUUUCAUGGAGCCCUUGUACGCUACUGCCUUGCUCUCCAAAAAGGACGGUAUGGUUUCCCUGGCUAAUGCCAAUCACCCCUCGUUCAAAGACGGCUCUUUGUAGCCCAGCACAAUAUGCCAACAUCUACCAUCCCAGAAGCUUUGGGGGGGGGGGGGUCUUUGGAAUUUUUCCCCCUUUUUCUCCCCAGUUGUACCUGGCCAAUCACCUCGCUCUUUGAGCCAUCCCAGUCACUGCUCCAACCCCUCUGCCAAUCCAGGGAGGGCUGCUGACUACCACAUGCUUCUUCUGAUACGUGUGGAGUUGCCAGCCGCUUCUUUUCACCUGACAGUGAGGGGUUUCACCAGGGGAGACAUAGCACGUGGGAGGAUCUCGCUAUUCCCCCCAGUUCCCCUUCCCCCCUGAACAGGCACCCUGACCGACCAGAGGAGGCGCUAGUGCAGCGACCAGGACACAUACCCAUAUCUGGCUUUCCACCUGCUGACACGGCCAAUUGUAUCGGUAGGGAUGCCCGACCAAGCCGGAGAUAACACGGGGAUUCGAACCAUGAUCCCCGUGUUGUUCGGCAACGGACUAGACCGCUAUGCUACUCGGAUGCCCCGAAUCUCGGGUUUUUAAUGGGAAAAUUAGCAUAUUGUUUACUGGAUUUGCAUACCCCAAACGAAAAAGGAGAUGAGAAUUAGAUGAGAGCUUCUGCUGAGAAUGAGAGGCGGUUUUAUUCCAAUGUGAUUUUACAGAACUGAAUUUUAAAAAGUGCUACAGGACUAUUUUCUGCUUUCCAGUUUUGACAAACCAACUCAUACAAUGUUUGAGCAGAGGGAGGUUAAGAAAUGAGGCACUUCUACUGAUCUGUAUUAAAUUAGUAAAAAUCGUGAUUACAUGUCAACAUGGCCUGUGUUUCUCAUGAGGUCUCAUUAGCAUAUUCAGUGACACCGCUGAGUUAUCGUGGAAUUUUUUGGCAUAUUUAUGUCCUUUGAAGUGAAUAUAAAUCUUGAGCUCAUUAUCUUU